UGGUCAAAGCGGCGUCGUACCUGUGGUUACAAUUUUCUUAGCCUUUCCCGCCGUUUCUCGACAACCAAGCAGGGCUUUUACUAUUCGCUCACACUAGGGCUCUACUCGGCCAUCUCAGAACGUUUCAGAGACAUAAAGAUGGGUUCGAGGGUAAAGGGUCUCUUACUAAUGGGUGGGAAGAUACCAAAUAAGAAGUCAAAUCCUCCAGCAAGAGUUGAAGACAAGAUCAGUAAAUUACCAAAUGAAGUACUUUGUCACAUCCUUUCGUUCCUCCCAACAAAAUAUGCGGUGAGGACCAGCAUUCUCUCUACAAGAUGGAAGAACGUAUGGGCUUUUGUUCCCAACCUAGACUUCAAAUAUGUAGAAGCCAAGUCUUAUUUUUUCAACAGAAAGAAAGACAAGUCUACCUCUGCUGGUUUCUUGACAUUUGUUGAUCGUGUGAUUUCCCUUCGUGGUUCAUCAGAUAUUAAAAAAUUCUGUCUUCAUUGUUCCUACGGUAUUAAGGAUUUUGCUCGUAUUGAUGGUUGGAUUCGAACUGCUAUCCAGCAUAAUGUUGUUGAACUUGAUCUUUGUUUUGAAACAACAGAUAAAGACCUGGCUUUUGAGUUGCCCCAAUUCAUUUUCAUGUGUAAAACACUGGUGGUUUUGAAGUUGAGGUCAAAUUGUAUUACCAAUGCUCCUCCUGCGUCAGGGUGUUUCCUCCUAAGUCUCAAGAUUCUCCAUGUCAGAGUUGAAUAUCCUGUUAAUGAUUCGAUGGAAAAGAUUUUUUCUUGCUGUCCUGUACUUGAAGAUUUGACUAUAGAUGGACUUCUUGGAUCAGAUGAUGUUUUGAAUUUCAAGAUAUCUGCUCCUGAACUAAAGACGUUAAGAUUGAUAUUGCCGCAUAGAAACUGGGUUGGCGAUCAUGAUCAUCAGUACUGUUUUCUUAUUAAUUGUCCAAAGCUUGAAAACAUUGAUCUAAAGCAGGAUAUUUUGUCGAAAUAUUUAUUCAAGAAUGCAAAAUCCCUGGUCAAAGCCAGUCUUAAUCUCUUUAGCCAUGCUGUGGCGGAUCAACAGCCCGACUUUUCUAACCGUGCAAAUGCACUUCUGGCUGGAAUUUCCAAUGUUAAAUAUCUUUCUCUAUCAGCUCAUGUUUGGGAAAGAAAUGAAGAAAAUCUUAGCCGAGGGAUAGACACAUCACUUGUUGAUUAUGGCUCAACUUGCACCGAAAGAACUUUGUGCUAUCAUGUGGGAGGAUGCUGUCAUGUGGGGGCAGCAGCUUUGCAGGUGAAUAACAACUUUGCAGCGCCUUUGCAGAGGAAUAUUGAAGCUUUGGCAGAAGAUGGGAGCACGUGGGAGACAAAAGCCAUGCAAACUUGGCUGGCUUUCUGACUUCAUAGUUGGCCUCAUAAUUUGACUAGCUGGCCUUCACCCGUUGGCUUCUCUAUAAAUUGAGAAGUAUGGCAGCAGCUGAAGAAGUAGAGUAGAGGGAGAGAAACAGCAAGAAGCCAUUCGGCAGAGAGAAGAAAAUUCUCUCAAGUUGUCUUUGCUUUGUAUUUUCAGUUUCUCUUCCUAUUGUAAAUGUGUGAGCUUGGGUUAUUUGGGUCUUUGGGAAAUUGAGUGAUAAACACUGUUGUAUGUUCUCAUUGAUUAUAGUGGAAUACUCCGUCGUCUCCAAACUGGAUGUAGGCAUUGCCGAACCAGUAUAAA